AGAGAGAGAGAGAGAGAGAGAGAGAGAGACGGCACAGGCAGGCAUUUUAGAAGAGGAAGAAACGGAGAAACACGUUAAUCUGUGGAUUAUUGUCAGAAGAGAAUAGUGAGGGUGCCGAGAGAUCUUGAUAUAGGACAGUCGUGGUGGCCACAUGUUUAGGGAGCUUUGUUAACGCAGACUUUGCAACAUGAGGACUCCUUGUCGGAUUUAGUAAGACUCAACACAGAUCAAUAAUGAGCACCUUGUAAAUCGCUAUUAAAGGGACCACCACAAUGUCCAGACCUACACAGCCUGGGCCCCAAAACAGGAGGCCGGUGGACAGCCGUCACCACCCUAACCCCCUGCCCAUCCCCAUGCAGCUAGCCAGGGCUCACACGGAUGUAGGAAUUGCGGAUUACCAUCAUCAUUCUAGAGACUACAAUUCUCACAUGUCUCAUGGGGCAAUGUCCCAGCCUUAUAGAAGAAGACCGUCUUUGUUGUCAGAAUUUCAGCCAGGAAAUGAAAGAGGUCAAGACCAGCACCUGAGGUAUGAACAGAUUGGAUACAUUACUGAGUCAAACAGCCAAUCAGAAGCUGAGUACGCUGAGGUCAAGAGGCCAAGGUUGGAGCUGGCGGCAGAGUCCUUGAUGAGACACCCAGCCCACCUGUCCUCUUCCCAGUUCGGGGGGGCGGAGGAUGUGUCAAAGGAGCAGGGCGGUGGGAUUGGUAAACUCGAGCCCGUCUCCCCGGUAAGCCCUGCCCAGCUGGAACGGGAGCUGGACCUGGUACCGGCCCGCUUCUCCAAGGAGGAACUGAUCCAGAACAUGGACAGAGUGGACCGUGAGAUCACCAUGGUGGAGCAGCAGAUCUCCAAACUCAGGAAGAAGCAGCAACAGUUUGAAGAGGAAGUGGCCAAACCCCAAGAACCUGAGCAGCCGAUUUCUCCCCCACCUAGUGAAGCCAAGCAUCGCAGUCUGGUGCAGAUCAUUUACGACGAAAACAGGAAAAAAGCAGAGGAGGCCCACAGGAUCUUAGAGGGACUCGGUCCACGCGUGGAACUGCCUCUAUACAACCAGCCUUCAGACACCAAGCAAUACCAUGAAAAUAUAAAAAUAAACCAGGCAAUGCGGAAGAAGCUAAUUUUAUACUUCAAGAGGAGAAACCAUGCUCGUAAACAGUGGGAACAGAAGUUCUGCCAGCGCUAUGACCAGCUGAUGGAAGCCUGGGAAAAGAAAGUGGAUCGCAUCGAGAACAACCCGCGGCGGCGCGCCAAGGACAGCAAAGUGCGCGAGUACUACGAGAAACAGUUCCCCGAGAUCCGCAAGCAGAGGGAGCUGCAGGAGCGCAUGCAGAGCAGGGUCGGACAAAGGAGUGGAGGCCUCUCGACAUCGGCGGCGCGGAGCGAACACGAGGUGUCCGAGAUCAUUGACGGCAUUUCAGAGCAGGAGAACUCGGAGAAGCAGAUGCGUCAUCUGGCCGUCAUCCCGCCCAUGCUGUUCGACGCAGAGCAGCAGCGAAUCAAAUUCAUCAACAUGAACGGCCUCAUGGACGACCCCAUGAAGGUGUACAAGGACAGACAGGUCAUGAACGUGUGGAGCGAGCAGGAGAAGGAGACCUUCCGAGAGAAGUUCAUCCAGCACCCGAAGAACUUCAGCUUGAUCGCUUCGUUCCUGGAGAGAAAGACUGUGGCUGACUGCGUCCUGUUUUACUAUAUUACCAAGAAAAAUGAAAAUUACAAAAACAUUGUGAGAAGAAACUAUCGCCGGCGCGGAAGGAGCCAGCAGCCACCGCAGCAGCAGCCACCGCAGCAGCCACCACAGCAAGUGGGCCGCAGCAGCCAGGAAGAGAAGGAUGAGAAAGAGAAAGAGGGAGAGAAGGAGGAGGAGAAAGCAGAGCUAGACAACGACAAAGAUGACCCUCUGAAGGACAGAAGUGGGGACACCUCAGGAGAGGAAGGGGAGGACAAGGAGCCCACUGUCGCCUUCAAGGGCCGCCGGACCGCCAACAGCCAAGGGCGUCGCAAGGGGCGCAUCACUCGCUCGAUGGCCAAUGAGAACGAGGAGGCCACCACGCCACCGCUCAACAACGAACUUGCUAAUCUGGAGAUGAAUGAAAGCUCUCGCUGGACAGAGGAGGAAAUGGAUACUGCCAAAAAAGGCCUUCUUCAGCAUGGCAGAAAUUGGUCUGCUAUUGCCAAAAUGGUGGGCUCCAAAACUGUGUCUCAAUGCAAGAACUUCUACUUUAACUACAAGAAGAGGCAGAAACUGGAUGAAAUUCUGCAGCAACACAAAAUGAAAGUGGAGAAGGAGCGCAACGCCCGACGGAAGAAGAAGAACGCAGCGGCGGUGCAGAGCGAGGAGGCCCCGUCCGUGACAGAGGAGGAGGAGAUGGAGGUGUCAGGGGCCAGCGGCAACGAGGAGGAGAUGGCCGAGGACGCAGAGGGCGCAACCAAUAAUAGCUCAGACACAGAAAGCCUCCCAUCUCCCAGAUCUUCAGAGGACAGCAAAACCAAAGACAACAACAGUGAAGGUAACAGGCCCAAGUCAACUCCAGGAGCUUCAGUAGAGAACAGCGCUGGACCCAGUGCUGGAUCAGACGACACUGCUGCUGGAGAGCCCCAUAGAAUUCCAGACAAGACCUCUGCUCAGAGCAGCAAGCCUAAGGAGCAGAAAGAGGUGAAAGUUGAAGUCGAGGAGACUCUCAAAGAAGACCUCAUUAAGAGUGAGGCCUCUGAGGACUCAAAGGAGCAGCAAUUGGACUCUACUGACAAGAAACCAGCAGUGGAUAUUGAGGCAGGCAAAAGGACAGCCAAGGCUAUGAAAGUGGAAAACCAGCAUGGACACAAGGCUGGUGCGAACACUGACAGUGACUCUAGCGCCACCUGCAGUGCAGAUGAAGUAGAGGAGCCGGAUACCUCAGACAAGAACAGGAUGACCUCGCCUCGGCCAAGCCUGCUGAAUUACUCCCACGACAGUGUCAUAAACUCGCCGCUGCAGAAGCCGAUGGACCUGAAACAGCUAAAACAGCGGGCUGCAGCCAUCCCUCCUAUUAUGCCCGAGGUGUCCCUUCAGGGAGCGCCCCGCAGUGGCAAGCCUCAGGCUCCUCACCACGCCUUGGCACUAUACCAGCAACAAAUUACAAUGGUGCAUGAAUCUGUGCAGGAGAAUAAGGCAGCGAUAAAGCAGCAGCAGCAACAGGCUGAAAGAGAGAAGCAGCAGAGUAGCAGCCCUCACAUCAAAACCAGGAGCCCUGCAGCCCCCAGCGACAGAGAAGAAAUCAAUGAUAACGAGAGGUGGCUGCAGACUCUGCUACAUGGAUUCCAUAAACAAUCUUCCUACUCUCCAGAAGGGAGGAAGCAGAGCGGGGAGCAGGAUUUGAGGCCUACCAACCUGUCUAGGCCCACACUGUUGCCAUACCAGCAUUCUCCAAGAGAGAUGUCCAAAGUCUCUUCUCACCCUGAGCCUCACCUACUGCAUUACAACCAAGGUUAUCAGACAGCGGCUCACCACAUGCCAAUAAACUUGCAUCAGGACAGCGGUGGACUGGCAGCAGUCAGACCUCUCCAAAUCCCCAACCCCCCUCCGCUCAUCUCAUCUACCAAACCCCCCGGCAUGCUGGAGAGGCCGGGGGGCUCCAUCACACAGGGCACACCCGUUCAGCUUCACAGUUCAGGUUAUGUCUCUGAACAUGGAAAGGACUCUGCAGGUUCGCUCACCCUGGGGAUGCCCUGGAUGGAUCACAAAAAAAUUGUGCCAUUCCCUGCAGUGAAACAGGAGCAACUUUCACCUCGCAGUCAGGCGAUCCAGUCAGAGAGCAUGCUUACCCAAGGUGCUGCCCAUGAGAGCAGCAUUAUCAGGGGGUCCUCCAUCUCUGCAGUGCAAGGGGGCAGCAUUACCAAGGGAAUCCCGGGCACCAGAAUCCCUCAGGAGGCACCAAUGACCUACAGAGGGUCCAUCACUCAGGGCACUCCGGCAGAGGUCCUUUACAAAGGUACCAUCGCAAGGAUAAUAACUGAAGACAGUCCCAACAGAGCAGAGCGAGCGAGAGAGGAGGCCUCCAGUAAAGGACACGUCAUCUAUGAGGGAAAGAUCGGCCACAUACUGUCCUACGAUGGUGCUGGCCAGAACUCUAAAGAGGAAGGCAGGGGGCUGAGCGCUCCCCCCGAGACAACGGGAAUGAAGCGCUCUCAUGACAUGAUGGAAGGAGGAAUCUCCAGAGGGUUACCUGUACGGGACUCCCUGUCUGUCAACUGUGAAGGGCUGAUUGGUCGAGCCAUGCCACAGGACCGACACAGUCCUCACCACUACAAGGAUGCCCAUCACAUCCGGGGAUCAAUCUCACAAGGUAUACCUCGCCACAUGGAGCCCAUGGAGGAUUAUCUCCGUAGAGACGGCAAACAACUGAAGAGAGAGAACACUCCUCCUCGAGGCCCGCCCCCUGAGGUUCUCAAAGGAAGACACGAAGUUGCCACGGUGAAGGAGCCAGGCAGGUCCAUUCACGAGAUCCCGCGAGAGGAGAUGCGGCACAUUCCAGAGGUUUCCUUGGCGACAAAGCCUGCCAAAGAGGGAUCCAUUACCCAGGGUACCCCAAUGAAGCACGACAGCGGUUCCAAUAAAAGGCACGAUGUGCGUUCGAUCAUCGGGAACCCCUCACGGUACCACCCGAUGCAGCACCACCUGGAGAUGCUGCAGGACGCGCGGGUGCGCUACGAGGAGAGCCUCAAGGGCCGGCCCAGCGCGGUGGUCAGCACCUCGGGCUCCAUCUCCCGCGGCUCCCCGGUCAUCAUCACUGAGCCAGGCAAGGCCCACCACAGCCCCCUGGCCUACGAGGACCACAAGGCGGCACACAGGGCCUCGUUCACUGGGCACCCCCACCGCUGCUCUCCUGUGUCGUCAAGGGAAUCCGCAGCCAGGCAGCAUGAGAGCGGUGGGAUGAGUUCAGGGAAGGCUCAGUCUCAGGAGAGGAAGCCCACGCCCACGCCAAGGGAGGUGAGCGCCAACAAGUCCCCCCAUGCCGGCGUCCCAGACCACCACCCCUCGCUGGCCUCCUACGAGCAGCUGCUGCGGGGCGUGGGUGCGGCCGAGCUGUACCGCGGGCAGAUCCCCCUGACCUUCGACCCUGCCUCCCUGCCCAGGGGCAUCCCAAUGGAGCCAGCCUACUACCUUCCACGGCACCUCGCCCCAAACCACGCCUAUGGGCACCCCUACCCCCCCUACCUGAUCCGUGGGUUCCCCGAGACGGCCGCACUGGAGAACAGACAGACCAUCCUCAACGAUUACAUCACCUCUCAGCAGAUGCACCACGCCGCAGCCGCUGCCAUGGCCCAGAGGGCCGACCUGCUGCGUGGGCUGUCGCCUCGGGAACAGGCCCUGGCUCUCACCUAUUCUGCAGGCCCGCGGGGGAUCAUUGACUUGUCUCAGGUUCCACACUUGCCUGUCCUGGUGCAGUCUAAUGCUGCUGCAUCAGUGCCCCCUAUGGAUCGGAUCACAUACAUCCCUGGAGCGCCCUCUGCCUACGGGAGUAGGCCUUACAACACCUCCCCUAUCUCACCAGGUGGGCCAUCUCACAUCGCCAAAAUGCCCGGGACACCUUCAUCAGAGCGGGAGCGAGAACGGGAGAGGGAGAGGGACAGAGAGAGGGACAGGGAGAGGGAGAGGGACAGGGACAGGGAGAGGGAGAGAGACAGGGACAGGGAGAGAGACAGGGAGAGGGAGAGGGAGAGGGAGAAGCCUACUCCAUCUGCUGCCAAUGAGAAGCAUGCCCCCAUCUGGAGACCCGGCACAGAGCAGAGCAGCGGCAGCAGCAGCAGCAGCAUCAGCCACCAACCCCCCGCACAUUCCUACAGCCUCCAGAACUCCCCGGUCUCCCCACGCACCCAGGACAACAUCCAGCAGAGACCCAGCGUGCUGCACAAGACCCUCCCCCUGCUCACCAGCGAGUCCACCACACCCUCCGUGCUCAGGUCCUUGUCCUCAGCUGGCUCCCCAGCAGGCCGAUACACUGGGUAUAACCCCCAGCUUCAGAGACCCAUCACCUCAGCAGAAACUUACCAGCCGGGCAUGGACCCUGCCAACGUGCCCAAGGGGGACUUAGGGAGGGGGCAGGAGGGAGGCAAGGCAGAGCGCCACCACAACAAGGCGAGCAGCAACACCAUGAAGCCAAAGCACGCCCAAGAGCACACAGCCUCACCCGCCAAAACCGAGCCCAGGACGUUGAUUGCCACGCUGGGCGCGGGCUACAACAGCCAGUACCAACCACAACAGGGUCGAAACCAUCAAAUACUACCCCACCAGCACCCGCACACCCUGCCCUCCUCGGACCAGGCAGCCAACGAGCACCCCAGUAGGGAAAAUACUCAAAACAAAGCUGUUUCGGUUCAGGAACAGGAGCUCCGAGCACUCGGUAAGACCACCAUGACUGCGGCCAACUUCAUAAACGCAAUUAUCAUGCGUCAAAUUCCUUGCGAUAAGGGGAAGCGAGAAAGAGGCUCGCUCGCUGCCAGCGCCGCUUGUGAUGUUCAACAGAAGAUGUCUUCGGAAUCUCAUCUGCAGCAUUUCCGCAGCGUACCUGAAGGGUACCAGUCACCAGGUCACCCCACACAGCAGCAGCAGCAGCAGCAGCAGCCCUCCUUCAAAGGGCAUCAAAGAGUCGUCACCCUGGCUCAGCAUAUCAACGAGGUGAUCACGCAGGACUACACCCGUCAGUACCCCCAGCAGCUGAACUCCCAGCCCCAGCAGCAGGGCUACCCCUACCAGAGCUCCCCAGUGCUGGACCUGAGACGCACCCCCAAUGAGCAGCUCCACCAGCAGCAGCAGGAGUCUGGCCAGAGCGCCCGCUACACUCCGGAUGGGGCAGGCAUGGACAGGGGCCGUGACAGGUCUCCGCUGCAGAACAAGGUGUCACCAAUGAGUGGGUCAGGAGAUGGCAUUGAACCCAUCUCCCCAGCAGGGGGCCUGUCUGAGCCCGAGCAGUCCCAGGGACCUGGCUGUCACGGGGAUCAGGGCGAUCAAGUAAUGGGUUCGCGCUCUCCGGCGAACAACUCGCAGCCCCCAGCCUUCUUCAGCAAGCUGACGGAGAGCAACUCGGCCAUCGUCAAGUCCAAGAAGCAGGAGAUGAUCAAGAAGAUGAGCACAGUCAGUGGAAACGAGCCGCACUUCAACACUGGACAGCCAGGAACUGAAAUAUUCAAUAUGCCAGCUUCAACAACAGCAGGGCCAGUCAGUAAUAGAAGCCACACCACUCCAGAACCUUCCGGUAACAGCAUAGGCUUGGAGGCAAUUAUUAGGAAGGCCCUAAUGGGUAAAUAUGAUGACCAAGGGGAGGAGCGUGCCGUUGCUAUUAACACUCUGGCUGCCAGUGCAAGUGUGCCUGCUGCUAUCCCCAUUGCUGCUGCUGAUGGACGGAAUGAGGACAUUCACUCCUUGGCAGCUGGAGGGAAGCCAAAGGGCAGCGGCCGGUCGAACAGCCGGAAAAGCAAGUCUCCGGGCCCGGGCCUGUCCGGCAGCGAGAGGCCUUCAUCUGUCUCCUCUGUGCACUCCGAGGGUGAUUGCAACCGCCGGACACCACUGACCAACCGGGUCUGGGAGGACAGACCCUCCUCCACAGGUUCGACUCCCUUCCCCUGCAAUCCACUGACAAUGCAACUCCCCACCGGCCUUGUACCGGCCUCCUCCACGAUCCAGCAGGGUGGCGCGAGCGGCGUGAACAGAGUGUGGGACGAGGAGCCAAAGCCACUGCUCUGCUCCCAGUACGAGACCCUUUCGGACAGCGAGUGAGCUGGAGAGACUGCGAGUCUUCUGCAGAUUCAUCACGAACUUUGCCUGGGGGAACCCGUUUUAAGAGGAGCUGGGUUUUUAUGUCCUUGCUGGCUUAAAGGGGAAACAAACACACACAUUAACAUUAACAUUAAGGCUUUUUCUAUUUUCAAAUCAUUGGCUGUGAACUGGGACUGGCUGACCUUACUGUCAAGACAACCACAAAACAUAUGCAAAGAAUUCUGGGUAAUGAACACGUGUUUCACCAGCCCUGCUAAACUAAAACAGCACCAGGCCGUGAAUAGCAAAUGCUAUUGUUUGGGUAAAUGAACAGAACUGCUGAACUCAUUCGAUUCUAAAUCAGUGUCAGUCAGAGGGGGUGAGGGCGUACAUUCUCAAAGCACUGGAUUAUCAGCUCCGAUAUCUGUAAAACAGCUGAACAUGCAGAAGCUUAGCGAAAAUAACUGUUCCAGGAAUUUAUUCAGCACGCAGGUGCCCUUCAGUUACCCCAAAUCAUAUCUGGUUUCAAAGGUUGGCCCUUCUGGUCCAGGUUGGUAAAGCACUCUCAGCACAGGACUGAAGAGGACAGUUCUACAGCACCACUGGGUGUUCAAGUGGCCUGCAGGUGGCUACACUGUAUCACUUACAUGGGCAACAACUGGAAGUGAUGUAAUCACUGUAUUGUGUGUAUCCUGUGGUUAGUAUCAGAGAGAGCUUAGCAAACUAAAUGAACAAUUUGUUUUCCCUUUGUUAACCAUUAGAGUGGUCACACCAGCAGCAUCAUUUUCUUAUAUAGGGACUUACUGCAAGACGUUCAUAUACUAGAUUUACAUGGUACACUAUCUGUGUAACCACUUGUCACUGUUGCACAAUGGAUGAAGUUAGUAGCAUUUAAGAACAGCCAGGGGGCAGUGGCAGGCUAGUUUUCUAAGGCCAUUCACAUGCUUACUUGAACUUUCUUCAGUAACAUUUUCAAGAAAAUUUACAGAAUAAAAUAAAUGGACCCUCUCUGCUGGUAGCUAUGUGGUAUUACAAUCCUAACAGUGCAUAUGCUGCACUGGCCUGUCAAACUGUUUUACAGCAUGCUGUUGAACCAACGUUAUACACAUUUCUGUUUAUUAUAAUAAUGAGAAUUAUUGUUGUUAUUAGAAGCAAAAAAAAAACGUUUUAUGUACAUUUAUAAAAUAUUUUAGUGUUAAAGUGCCAUUGAUGUAAGAUAUACAAUACAGAAGUGAGUUAACCAAGGGUCUACACACAAGUGUUUUAAAAUACCAAGGUGUACAUGUUUAGAGAUACUGUAUUACAAAUCUGAAGAGAUUCCCUUUUUGUUAAAUUACCAUCGUAAAUGUGAAACUGCAUCUGCAGUAGAACAAACAAACCUGUCGGGUGUUAUAUAUAAAAUAUGGUGUUAUAUAAAAUCAAGGCUGUUCAAAAACAGCAUCAGCACCACUUGAAGAAAGAAAGAAAAAGAAAAGUGACUGCAUUUUGUUAAAAUAUUCACGUGAUUAACCCUAGAAAACCAUGCGUACUGCUAAGACUUUACCCUUUACAUUGUGUAAAGGUUUCUUUUUGAACACAACAGUUCAUGCUAUAUUGUAAUUCCGACUUCACCUGGAAGCUUGGUUUUAAUUUAUGUACGUUGUUGUAUCGUGCAGUCCCUGGUUUGCAAUCCACCAAAAAAAAAAAUUAAAAAAAUCUGAAAAGCCAAACUAAUGCAGUAUUGAAAGUGGCAGAGACAUUGUCAUUUCAAUACCCUAACAUUCAUGCGGUUGUUUUUAUUUUAAAGGUUAUUGUUACAAAUACUGUUGCAUCGCUGCUGAGAUAUGAAGUGUUAGGAGUGAAGUUUUCAGUUUCUUUUGAAAGUUGUUUUGUUUUCAAGCAGAGCUGGCCAGUUUUAUGAUUGGAAAAUACUGCACCAUAAAAAAUUUUUAAAAAAUCCCACAAUCUUCCAAUGGUUUUCAAUUGUCCCCCCAUACGGUUACCUUCUUGUCUAUAAGAUACGUUUCCAGUCAGGCAGAAAGACUUGGGGCUACGGAAUACUAUACUGUGCUAUAUAGUGCUAUCUGUAACUCAGUCCUAUGAAUGAACACUUCCCUAAUACCUGGUCUGUUUAGUCUUGGUGCACCAGUGUCUGCUGGCUGGUAUUGCCAUUGGAGUAGAGUGAUUAGGCUGUUUCUUGUGUCCCAACUAGCAAUCUACAUUAUUAAAACUGGCCGCAAAGCAAAACAUCAGUCAAAUUUGAAGGGGGAAGGAACUAACAGUACUAGAAACACACUGUUCAUUUUUUUUUUCUUUAUUAAAACAGUUUUCUUACUUAAAAAAAAAAAAAGUCAUUGUUUAAGCGUCUGGUUAUUUCCUUUGUUUUUUUUGUGGAAUGUGUCUGUGCUACCUGCUAUUGCUUCAAUUGAUUGUGCAAUCAGACGAACUGUUUCAUGUUCGAAAGCAAAAUGAAAAAGUUAGUGUUUUUUUUUUGUUUUUUUGUAAUUAAAAUGAACAAGUAAGGCCAAUCUAUUGUCUCAACUGUACAACAAGGGGGGAACGAAAAAAGAAGUCUAUCUUUUGUACAACCAACAUUGUGCAUGUCAAUCUUUCGAACCCAGUGUAUGAUAGAAUGGACUGUAUAUAGAACUGAAGAGAUGUAAAUAUUUAUGUGGCUUGCUACAGGGUUGUUUUUCCGCUACAGAAGGAGAUUUUGUUCACUGUUUUACUCGACAUGCCCACCAGCAAGCAUUGUGGGUAGCAGUGUUUUUACACUGCCUUAAUGUUUAAAUAAAAAGCUUAUUGCCAGCAAA